AUGGAGAUCGCACCGGCGGUGCUAGCCGCACAUGACGGAGUCAGAAAAACACAUGAUUCUUCAUCGGAUUCUUCUACUUCGACUGUUCCCGUUAAUAACAAUAAUAUCUCGAGCAACAGGUACGAUGAUGGCAAUAACGAAGAGGAAGAUGCUUUUCGGAUCUGUCAGAAUUCAGGAGACGCUGACAAUCCAAUCAUAUAUCCUUGUGAUUGUAGCAGGAGUAUUAAGUUUGUUCACCAAGACUGCCUUCUCCAAUGGCUCAAUCACAACAACGCUCGAUAG